UCUAGAAUUAACAGGAAGCCAAUGAAGAGAGGCCAAUAUGGCAUCCAAAGUUAAAGGAGACAAGGCUCUGGAUGGCUACAGUAAGAAAAAGUAUGUUUGCAAGCUGCUCUUCAUCUUUCUUCUGGGCCAUGAUAUUGACUUUGGACAUAUGGAAGCUGUGAAUCUUCUCAGUUCCAACAAGUACACAGAGAAACAGAUUGGUUACCUGUUUAUCUCUGUGUUGGUGAACUCCAACAGUGACCUGAUCCGCCUCAUCAACAAUGGCAUUAAGAAUGACUUGUCCAGCCGCAACCCGACCUUCAUGAAUCUGGCCCUGCACUGCAUUGCCAAUGUGGGCAGCAGAGAGAUGGCUGAGGCUUUUGCCUCAGAAAUUCCCCGCAUCUUGGUGGCAGGGGACACCAUGGACAGCGUGAAGCAGAGUGCGGCGCUCUGCCUCCUCCGACUCAACAGGACGUCUCCGGACCUGAUACCCAUGGGUGAUUGGACUGCCCGAGUCGUGCAUCUGCUCAAUGAUCAGCACCUUGGAGUUGUAACAGCUGCCACCAGCCUUAUUUCCGUUCUGGCCCAGAAGAGUCCUGAUGAUUUCAAAACAUCCAUCUCGCUUGCUAUAGCCAGGCUCAGUAGGAUUGUGACUUCUGCAUCCAUAGACCUACAGGACUACACAUACUACUUUGUAGCUGCACCCUGGCUGUCUGUCAAAUUGCUGCGACUGCUGCAGUGCUACCCUCCUCCUGAGGAUGCUGCAUUGCGAAGCCGCUUGACAGAGUGUCUGGAGACCAUACUCAACAAAGCCCAAGAGCCACCCAAGUCUAAGAAGGUCCAGCAUUCCAAUGCAAAGAAUGCUGUACUUUUUGAAGCUAUCGCCCUCAUCAUCCACCAUGACAGUGAGCCCACACUGUUGGUACGAGCUUGUAACCAGCUGGGCCAGUUUCUCCAGCACAGGGAAACAAACCUACGUUACUUGGCUUUGGAGAGCAUGUGCACACUGGCCAGCUCUGAGUUUUCUCACGAGGCAGUAAAAACUCAUAUAGAAACCGUAAUCAGUGCUCUGAAGACAGAGCGAGAUGUGAGUGUACGUCAGCGGGCCGUGGAUCUGCUGUAUGCCAUGUGCGACCGCAGCAAUGCCAAGCAGAUUGUAGCAGAGAUGCUGAGCUACCUCGAGACGGCCGAUUAUUCCAUCAGAGAAGAAAUAGUGCUCAAGGUGGCCAUUCUGGCAGAAAAAUAUGCUGUGGACUACACCUGGUAUGUGGACACGAUCCUUAACCUGAUCCGCAUAGCUGGAGAUUAUGUCAGUGAGGAGGUUUGGUAUCGUGUCAUCCAGAUUGUCAUAAACCAAGAUGACGUCCAGGGCUAUGCUGCCAAGACUGUCUUUGAGGCCUUACAGGCCCCUGCCUGCCAUGAGAACUUGGUGAAGGUUGGUGGUUACAUUCUCGGUGAAUUUGGCAACUUGAUUGCUGGUGACUCUCGCUCCAGUCCUCUGGUGCAGUUCAACCUUCUCCACUCCAAGUUCCACCUGUGCUCUGUGCCGACCCGGGCACUCUUACUGUCGGCCUACAUAAAGUUCAUUAACUUGUUCCCAGAAGUGAAGCCCACAAUUCAGGAAGUCCUGCGCUCUGACAGUCAGCUUCGCAAUGCUGAUGUGGAGCUCCAGCAGAGAGCUGUCGAGUACCUGAGGCUCAGCUGCAUCGCCAGCACAGAUAUACUGGCUACAGUUUUAGAAGAGAUGCCUCCAUUCCCAGAGAGAGAGUCUUCCAUCCUGGCUAAACUGAAGAAGAAGAAGGGUCCAAGCAACCUUCCAGACAUGGAUGAUGCCCGGAGGAACGUCAAUGGCAAUGCAGAGCACAGCAGUGACACUGAAGUUACAAUCAAGGCACCCUGCACUAACGCCACAUUUGUCUCUCCUUAUCAAGCUUCUCUUCUGAUGGAAGUCCCUAUUCCAACCAGCCGACCCCACCCUGUCUCCUGUAGUUCCACACUACUCUCUGCUGGGGUACUCGGCUCAAAGCACCCCGCAUUCACAGACCUGCUCAACCUGAACAGUCCCCCUCCUCAGGGGCCCAGCCUGCUCGUCGAUGUCUUCUCUGAAAGCUCCUCGCCAGCAUCUGCAGACGUGUCUGAGGAAAAUUUUUCAAGGUUUGUUUGUAAGAACAAUGGUGUUCUUUAUGAGAACCAGCUUUUGCAGAUUGGGCUUAAAUCUGAGUACAGGCAAAACCUGGGUCGUAUGUAUGUGUUCUAUGGCAACAAGACAUCUACCCAGUUCCUCAGCUUCUCUUCAUCAGUAACCAGUCAAGAUUCGCUCCAGGCUCAGCUCAAUGUCCAUGCAAAGGGAGUGGACCCAGUGAUAGAAGGUGGAGCUCAGGUCCAGCAGAUCCUCAACAUAGAGUGUGUAUCUGAUUUUACUGACGCACCGGUACUCAACAUCCAGUUUAGAUAUGGUGGAACCCUUCAGAACAUAGCAGUCAAGCUUCCUGUGAUGUUGAACAAGUUUUUCCAGCCUACAGAGAUGACGUCACAAGACUUCUUCCAGCGCUGGAAACAGCUGGGAGCUCCUCAGCAGGAGGUUCAGAAAAUCUUCAAAGCCAAACACCUGAUGGACACAGAUGUCACUAAGGCCAAGAUUUUAGGUUUUGGCGUCGCUUUGUUGGAAGUGGAUCCCAAUCCUGCAAACUUUGUCGGCGCUGGAGUCGUGCACACUAAGAAUACUCAGGUGGGCUGCCUGCUGAGACUGGAGCCCAACACACAGGCACAGAUGUACCGUCUGACCCUCCGGACCAGCAGGGACUCUGUGUCUCAGAGACUGUGUGACCUGCUGUCUGAACAGUUUUAGCCCGACACCAGGAAGCACCAGCAUCGUUACAACUUUACUCUCCAGCUUGCUGUUUAGUCUGUGUUUUUGUACAGUGUAAAUUCUUUUUUUUUUUUAAUUGAUGUUUCAGUGAAAUGCUUCACUAGCAGUUGUUACUUUAAACUCACAGCUGGAGCGCCUCGUUCGUGUUCUGCAGCUCCAAAGCAUUUCACUGCUGGAUGCCGUUUUCUUUCUUUACAGUUUGAUUGUAUUCACUGAAAUGGAUUGGCGGCCUUAAUAAUGAUCAAAACCCAGCUGUUCUGACAUUUCUGUUGAACAUUUCUUGUAGUGUUCAAACCAAAGUUGCAGCUGGGAUGUUUUCUUCUUCUCUGACAGUUUGCACUUGUUAAUUGCAACAUUUUGUCUAUGAAGCAAAUUAGAGCUUUCAAACAGCCAACUGGAAUUCUCACUUUAUGUCGAUGUCCAAGUCAAAGCUAACUUUUUGGUUAGCUGUGCCCACCACUGCUAACCCCCCUCCAGGAGUGCGGAAGAUGCCUUAUAUAUAUACACACUGCAUGAAAUUUAAAGCAUUUACUUUGGACACUAGAAAUUUGUGUUUUUGUUUUUUCUCUCGAAUUUUUCUUCUUGGGGUGCUUAAAUUUUACAGCCAGAAACCAGUUACUGAAAUGCGAAAAAUGAAUGUUCAGUUUUUGAUGUGAAGAACAUGUUUCUGCACAGCUGCAGCUGAGCUUGAGAGAGAAACGUUUUCUGCACCACGUCACUGUUGCACUUAAUGCAUCUCCUUCAGUGUCUUAUGUCCAACAAUACAAUUGUACUUUUGUCAUAUAA